AUGGCGGAUAAAAGACGAAUAAACGGGCCCCCCGGAGGCACUCGAGCUCCCGUUUUUACUUCGUCGCUAUCGUCGGCCGGGAAUGAAAAGUCGAGCGCGUUCGAGCGGCCACGCCGGACGCGAAAAGCAAACGAGCUCAGGAAAAUAUUUUUAAGAACCGGGGUCAUCCCCUCGGCGUCGGGGUCUGCGUACCUCGAAUUGCAGCCGGGCGACGUUUCAUACAAGUCGAAGACGCUCAUCCCCCCCACCUCGUCCCUCAAGCUCAUCUGCACCGUCCACGGCCCCAAACCGCUCCCCCGCUCCGCACCCUUUUCCCCAAACCUGCUGCUCUCCGCACACAUCAAAUUCGCGCCGUUCGCGUCGCGAAAGCGGCGAGGCCACCAGCGCGACAUGCCGGAGCGCGAUCUGGCCGUGCAUCUGGAGAACGCGCUGGGCGGCAUGCUCAUCGGCGAUCGCUGGCCCAAGAGCGGGCUGGACGUGACGAUCAACGUGCUCGAGGGCGAAGACGACCGGUGGUGGGGCGGCGACUCGCUGAGCUCCGGCCCGCUGGGCGGCGUCGACGGCUGGGGGCUGAUGAGCGUGCUGGCCAACUGCAUCACGGCGGCGGCGGCGGCCAUUGCCGACGCGCGCAUCGACUGCUUGGAUCUUCUGACGGGUGGAGUCGCCGCUGCUGUUGUCGUUGAGGAGGAUGAGAAAGACGGCUGGACGGGCGCCAAUGGGUCACCGCCGCGCCGGCGUGUUGUGCUGGACCCGGACCCGUCGGAGCACCGUGGGAUUGCUUCUCUGUGUGUGGUGGGAUACAUGCCGGCGCGGGAGGAAGUUACAGAGGUGUGGCUGAAGGGGGAUGUGGUUGGCGUGGGGUAUGAUGCGCUGGUGGAUGGUGCGGUGGACUCUGCCUGCGCGGCCCAUGGGGUGCUGGUGGAAGCCGUGAAGGAGUCUGCGCAGCGGUAUGCGGAUGGUCAUGCUGGUGGCAAGGCAGCAGCAGCACCUGGUGAUGAUAAUGGUGAAGAUAUGCAGCUAUGA